UCUCAGCUGUAGGGUAUAACAGGGAAACAAAAAUCUUUCUUCUUUUUUUUAGUUGGAAAAACAAGUUAACGCCAGUUACCGGACUAGAUAAAAUGCCGAUCGGUUGAUGAUGAUGCGCCUUUUCACUUUCACAAAUAGCAUAAACUAUAGUUCUUCAUUAUUCAACAGGUGUCCUGCAGUGUUUUGUGAAGUUUGGUUGUGAUUAAUCAACUAAUUUUUGUUUUUCUUAUUGUCUGAACUACUACGUCGAAAUCUGUCAAAGUAGCGCUGAUAGAAAUUGAUCUCAGUAAGGUUAUAAUUGAUCAAUUUUCGAUCGUAACUGAGACGAUAAAUAUUUGAAAGUCUAUGAUAUAGCUAGUGUAGUGAUUCAAAAUCGAGAACUUUUUAGUAAAAAUAUUCAAUUUAAUAUAUUGCACUUUAAUCAAAUGUUGACGAGUUUUUUUAAAUUCUAAGGAUUCUGUCAAGGUUGUAGAAAGAUUUUAAGAAUUUAUAUGAAUAUUACAUACAUGUCUCUUCAUGUUCUUAUAUCUAGAUGUAUUGUAAUAUUUACUAAUUAUAUAUAGGAUUCAACCAAUAACAAAGCUAAAUAAUUUUUUUUCAAGCAUUAAACAAUUAUAAUAUAGUUAAUUAUCACAGUUAUUAUUAUUUACAAGAAAAAUGAUUUUUAGCUCAAUAGAGCUCAAAAAGUUUGAAUAAUAAUACUGAUAAAGAUUUAAAGAAGCCAAGCCAAACUACAGCAAACCAUACUUUCAGUGAUAUAGAAUCUACCAAUAAACCAAUGCUUUGAUUGACUUUUCAAUUUCUAGUCAGAAGUAUCACCACAAAACAUUUAUGUAGUAGUCAAUGGUCAGUCAGCAGAACCAGAAAUUACAAAGAAAAAGAGAGGUAGACCAAAAACAAACAAAGAUGAAGCAACUAUUACACUAAAAAAAAAAAAGAGCAGAAAAAUGUUUAAGUCUUACAAAAAGGUUAUACACUCCAGCAAUAAUUCAUCUGAUGCCUUAGCAAUAACAGCAUCACCAUUGGUAUCCAAGAUUACUAAUGAGAAUAAUCUUGUGUUAGUUGAUGAAGUCAAGAAUAAAAUUGAUACAAGCAUAAUUACUAGCUUGCCAAUUGAGUUACCAAAUCAAAAGCCAUCUCGACCUCUAGGAACAGCUCGGAAAAGAAUUAGUGGCGAAGGCAAAGUUGCGAGUUUGCAAAGAAUUUUACUGGAACUUCCAAAUCUCUGUGAUCCAAAUGUUUUUACAGACAUAUUGAUGAAGACAUAUGGUAGUAGAUUUGAGGCAUCAAAAAUUUUCGAAUGUCUCAAAACCAGUGAUUUGAAAGAUGCUAUAAUGAAAAAAUUUACUCCAUCAGAGAUGAUAGCAUUAAUUCAAAAUAGUGGUAGCGUGACUGGUCAAUUUUUGAAAAUGGCAUCUAGUGAUGAAAUUUUAGAUGAAGUGCAAUCAAGAGAAGAAUUGAAAAAUUCUGGAAAAUUGUUAGAUGUAGUUUUGACAAACAAUAAAGCUGUAAACAAUAAUGACCUUGUCAAAAAAGUACUUAAUACAGCGUCUAUUGAUGCAGUUGUCAACACAGUGAAUUCAAGAUAUGACUUAAAAAAUUCUGAAAUGUUAUUUAAUGUGUUAUUACAUAACCUACCUCAAAAAAUAUCUGAUGAGAUGAAAAAAAAUAUAAUUAAUAUUUUAAUUAACAAAUUCACUACUAGCGAACUUGUGGAUAUAUCGCAUGAAGCUAUUAGAUCAAGUGUUACCAAGUAUCGGAAAAAUUAAGUUCAUUAAUUUUAUUCUUAAACGUGUACUCUUGUAGUCUUUUAUUAUAAAUUAUUGAUUUAAUAUAAAUACUUGUGUUCAUAUAUUAUGGAAUGUGUGUAAGUAUGUUAUGUUUUAAGAAAGAAAUUAGUUUCCUGUUUCAUUCUCUCAAAUACUUUGAUGUCUUACACAUGUAAAUAUGAUUUCCAAUUAAUGGAAUUGUUGCAUGCUUAGAGUAACUAGCCAUUUGUAGUAUGGAUAUUGUACACAAGUACUGUAUAAAAAAUUGGAAUUACUACUAUGGAAUAGUAUGUCUAGAUCACAAAAAAGAAAUUAUGUGUAUUGCUAUACAUAAAUUUAUCAUACUGUAUGUUAUACUACUGUUUUAUUUUGUAUAAAUGUUAUAUAAUUAAGCACUUUGCUCGUAAUAUUAUAAAUAAAUUUGUUUUCAUCAAAUUGAAUAAAAGUG